AUGAGAAGAGGAGUUUUAAGCUUUUGCCUUUUGCUCACGAACACGUGUAACAAUAUAAACACGAUAUACCCUUCUCUGUUCAUACCAGCCUUGGGAAAAAUAAAAAACAGAGUUUCUCACCUUUCAAAUGUUAGUGUAGCAAAGAGCUGCAUCACAAAGAACAGCGACAUCACAAGGAACAACCGUAUCACAAAAAAGAACCUCAUCACAAGGAACACAUUUUGUAUGAUAAAAAGAUCUCUUUAUCUAGACAAUCUUAAAAAGGUUAAUAAUAUAUGUAAGAAGAAAAAAAACAUUUUUCUGUUUAACAAAUUGUUUUCAAAAAAAAUGGCAUCUACCACCAGCUGUGUUCAUAAUAAUUUUGACGAUAUGGAGAAAUUAAAAAAGAAUUUCGUGCAAAAAGAAAACCCGGAUUUUAUUUACGAGAGGUUGGAAAUAUUUAAGAAAUUGAAAGAAAAGAAAAAACAUGAAAAAGAAUUACUACUUAAAAAUUCUGAAAGUAUAGAGCGAAACAUAAAUGUGGAAUUGUUAGAUGGGUCUAUUAAACAUGGAGAAUAUAACAUCACCACUCCGUUUCAUAUUGCUAGCUCCAUUUCGAAGCGGUUGGCUGAAGAUUCUAUUGUUGCACGUGUAACUUAUCUUGAAAAGGUAGAUCUAGAAUUGUGUGACAUAGAGGAGGAGGAAGAGGUGGCAAGCGGAAAAUCAGGCGAAGCAGAAAAACCAGGUGAAGAGAAAAAAUCAGAAGAGAAAAAAUCAAAUUGCAAAUUGGACGGAACGACACUUCUAUGGGACAUGAAUGUUCCGCUUCUAGGAAAUUGCAAAAUUGAAUUUCUAAACAUGGAAAAUGAAGGUGCAAAGAAAAUAUUUUGGCACUCAUCUGCACAUAUCUUAGGCAGUAGUUUGGAAAAGCUGUUCGGUGGAUAUUUGACAAUAGGACCUGCACUGAAAGAAGGGUUUUAUUAUGAUAUAUUUUUAGGUGAUUUUGCAAUCAGUAAUGAACAUUAUAAAAGAAUAGAAGACGAAUUUAAUAAACUAGUUAAGGAAAAUGCAGAAUUUGAAAAGCUUAUAUGCACAAAAGAAGAAGUGAUGGAGUUGUUCAAAUACAAUCCUUUUAAACUAGAAUUAAUAAAAUCUAAAAUUCCUGAUAAUAAGAAAACUUCUGUUUAUAAAUGUGGUAAUUUUAUCGAUUUAUGCUUAGGUCCACAUUUAAAAAAUACAGGAAAGGCAAAAGCUUUUAAAGUACUAAAAAAUUCAGCAGCUUACUGGUUAGGUAACAAAAAUAAUGAUAGUUUACAAAGAGUAUAUGGAAUAACAUUUCCAAAAAAAACAGAAUUAAAUGAUUAUUUAAAAUUCUUAGAAGAGGCAAAAAAAAGAGAUCAUCGAAAUGUUGGAAAAAAAUUAAAUUUCUUCUUUUUUGACAAAUACACAUCCCCAGGUUCAUGUUUUUGGUUACCACAUGGAGCAAAAAUUUAUAAUAAAUUAAUAGAUUUUGUAAGAAGAGAAUACAGAAUAAGAAAAUAUGAAGAAGUAAUAACACCAAAUGUUUUUAGUUGCGAUUUAUGGAAAACGUCUGGUCAUUAUCAAAAUUAUAAAGAUUGUAUGUUUAUUUUUAAUGUAGAAAAUAAGGAAUGGGGAAUGAAACCUAUGAAUUGUCCAGGCCAUUGUACAAUGUUUAAACAAUUAAAUGCAUCUUAUCGAUCUUUGCCUAUCAGAUUAGCUGAUUUUGGUGUUUUACAUAGAAAUGAAAUUACAGGUAGUUUAAGUGGUUUAACACGAGUACGACGAUUUCAACAAGAUGAUUCUCACAUUUUUUGUACUUUUGAUCAAAUAAAACAAGAAGUUUUAAGUACUCUUCAUUUCAUAUUUUUUAUUUAUGAUUUAUUCGGUUUUAAGUAUGAACUUUAUUUAUCUACAAGACCUAAUAAAUUUAUUGGAUCCAUUUCUACCUGGGAUUUUGCAGAACAGGCAUUAAAAGAUGCACUAAAUUCAGCUAACAUCAAAUGGAAAUUGAAUGAAGGAGACGGGGCUUUUUACGGUCCUAAAAUUGAUAUUCUCCUAAAGGAUAGCAUUCAUCGCACGCACCAGUGUGGAACCAUUCAGCUCGAUUUCCAACUCCCCAUUAGGUUCAAUCUGCAGUACAAGAACAGGGACUUCGGUGCGAUGGAGGAAGAGGAGAAAGAAGCGGAAAAGAAGGAGGAUGAAGCGGAAAAGAAGGAGGAUAAAGCGGAAAAUAAGGAGGGUGAAGCGGAAAAGAAGGAGGGUGAAGCGGAAAAGAAGGACGUUGAAGCGGAAAAGAAGGAGGACAGUGCGACGGAUCAGCUAAAAAGAGGAUUCGAUAGACCAGUCAUCAUUCACAGAGCCAUACUAGGAUCAGUGGAAAGAUUCGUUGCAAUCCUUAUUGAACACACAGCGGGGAAGUUGCCCUUCUGGUUAUCUCCUAGACAAGCCAUCGUUUUACCUGUGAGCGACAAAUUCAAUGAGUAUGCGAAUUACGUGUAUGACACGUUGAAUAAUCAUUUCUUCGAUGUGGAAAUAGAUACAUCAUUGAAUACUUUAAAUAAAAAAAUAAGAGAAGCACAAUUAAAUCAAUUCAACUUCAUCUUGGUUGUGGGUGAAAAGGAAUUAACAACGAACACUGUUACGGUUCGAAAUAGAGAUGACCAGAAUAAUCAUGAGGUGUACUCCAUUGAAGAGCUCAUUGCCCAUUUCAAUAAACUCCUCAACGUAAAUUCGAAGAUGUUUAAUCAGGUGAAGCCCUUCAAGUGA